AUGGAUUCUUCUGGGGACUCUAAACCAUCCGUAAUUAACGACGGUGAGACUGAAAUUGAAAAUUCGUCAGAACAAUCACCCACAGGAAACGUCAAUAAUGUAUCGGUACCUGAGGAACGCCCAGUUUCACCUUCUUCUAACGCUGGAAGAUUUUUUACUUCAUGGAUAUUUGGUUCUUCUGCUUCUUCUACAAAAUCACCAGAUACACCGGAUUUUUAUAUAGAAAAAUUAUUUCAACGGAACGUUGUUGCAAAAUUUUUGGCUGAAACAUUACAAUCUUUACGUGUAACCUUGUCUACCGCAAAGCUUUCUUGGAUAAAAGAUUUUAUUAACGUCAAAGGAUUAGAAGCACUGGAAUAUGUUCUUGAAAAGUAUACUCUUGGAAUUAAGAAAAGUAUUAUUAAAAGCUCUGAUCAUGACGACCGAAUACAAUUGGAAUGUAUCCGUUGUUUAAGAGUCCUGUUGAAUACUGGAGUGGUUCUCAAAUAUCCUUCACUCAUAAAUGGAAUAGUUUUCUGUCUGCAUACUUCAAAUAACAAACUUCGCACACAAGUAGCUGAUGUUUUGGCGGCAUUAUGUGUUCUUUCUCUUGAAGGUCAUAAAUUAGUUUUAGAUGCGUUUUCUGACUUUCGUUAUAUUCACGAAGAAAAAUUUAGGUUUCAAUAUUUAAUUGAAACUUUAACUAGUAAUGAGAUAGAAGAAGAUAGUGCUUCAUUAGAGUAUAAAACUGCAUGUUUAAGCUUGGUUAAUGCCAUUGUGAAUUCACCUGAUGAACUUGAGGAAAGAAUGUUGCUUCGCGAAGAAUUUCAAAGAAGGGGAUUAAAAGAACUCUUUGCGAUUAUUAGAAAUUCGGAUCCCCCAGAUACGUUAUUAACGCAAAUUAAUGUAUAUGAAGAAGAAAGUCAUGAUGACAGAGAAGACUUAUAUCAAAGGGUGCAUGAUUUUGUGAAAGAUGCAGAUAAUCCGUUUUCUAUACUUGUUGGACUUGUACGACAAGUUGAAUUCAAUGUUGAAUUAUACCCUCGUGUGGUAGAUACUCUAAAGAAUCUUUUAAGAAUUGUUUGUAAAGAUCUGGGAAAGAAUUCCCAAAGUGAACUUUGGACAUUAAUUGAACUAUUUAUUGAACGAAUUAGAUAUUUAACUGAUAUUAAAAAGGAAUGGCAAUUAUCUAUGAAUGAAUUUCUAUCUUCUGUUCAAUAUAUUGUUGGAAAAUACUCUGUUGUUAGUGGUAAUAUGGAUGAUGAUAAGGUUGAUUCUUUAAAGGCAAAAGUAGAUGAAUUAGAAGCCAAAGUUAAAAAUUUAACUCUUGAAAAAGACGCACUGGCCAAGAAAUUAGCAACAAAAUCUUCUGACAAACCACGUCCUGUAUCGCCAUCUAUAAAAUCACCUACAUCAAGCAAGGGAGAUAAGGCGCGGAGACCACCGCCACCUCCACCUCCACCUCCAAAUAAAACGGAAAAUGUUCGGCAGCCGCCCCCUCCCCCACCUGUUUUUAGGAGUAAUACGUCGUCACCACUACCUACAGGCGAUAAUGUUGAAAGCAUUUCACUGCUACAAAAUUCGCCAAGUAAAGAAAAUAUUUUGACAUCACUAUCCGCUUUUUCGAAAGAAGUUAGCAAAGUUGAGGAUUUUUCGUCAGUGUCUCUACCGGACAGUACUCUACCACAAUCACCGCCUUCUUCCCCACCUUCAAAUGCAAGCGGUAAUAUCCCAUUACCGCCACUAUCACCACCGCCACCCUUAAGUUCGGGAGAUAAAAUACCGCCACUUCCUCCAAAUGCAAGUGGUGGCAAAAUACCACCGCCACCUCCACCUCCAAGCGUAGGUGGUGGUAAAAUACCACCACCGUUGCCCUCAAGUGCAAAUGGUAAAAUCCCAUUACCACCGCCUCCACCACCAAACUCGAACGGAAAAAUCCCAUUACCACCACCUCCUCCUUCUGGAAAUAUUCCAUCUCCAGAUUCAUCACCUGUAAUUUAUAAGCCAACUCCUAUACGCCCACCACCUGUAUCAGUUAAUUUAUCUACUACUAUUCCAUUAAAACCUCUAUUUUGGGAUAAGAUCCCUCCAAAUAAAAAGUCCCAAACUGUCUGGGAAGAAAUUCCGGAGGGGGAAGUUCCAUUGAAUACUAAAGAACUUGUAUUUUUAUUUUCUAAAAACUCAACAAGUAAUAUAAAAUCCCCAGUGUCUCCACCACCAAGAAAGUCUGUAUUUACAACAUUGCUUGAUAUUAAUCGUGCAAAUAAUAUAGCAAUAAUGUUGGCACGUAUUAAGUUUUCAUACUCUGAAAUUAAAAAUUCAAUAUUAGAAUUAAAUGAUGAAACAUUGACAGUUGAUAAUUUAAAAAAUUUAAAAAGUUAUGCGCCAACAACGGAUGAAAUAGAAUUAGUGAAAGAGUAUACGGGGGAUGUUGGAAUGUUAGGUAAUGCUGAGAAAUAUUUUAGAGAGGUUAUGGAAAUACCGAGGCUAUCAGAAAGGUUAGGAUGUAUGAUAUAUAGGCGAAAAUUUGAAAUGGAAGUUUUUGAAUUGAAAUCACAAGUUGAAGACUUACAUCAAGCUUAUGUGGAAUUAAAAUCAUCAAUGAAAUUUAAAUAUUUGCUGAAAACCAUAUUGGCAAUUGGAAAUUAUCUUAAUGGUUCCACAUUCCGAGGAAAUGCGAUCGGGUUUCGGUUGGAUUGCCUUUUAAAGAUAAGCGAAACAAAAGCUUUAGAAAAUAAUCCUAAAGGGCUUUCAACAUUACUUCACUAUUUAGCUGCGAUACUUGAAGAAAAACAGAAUGAUUUGAUAACAUUUAUGGAUGAGUUAAAACAUUUGGAAGGGGCAUCAAAGGUUUCAUAUGUUGCAGUUAUAGGGACCGUUGCAUCUUUGGGUAGUGGAGCUGACCUAAUCAAAGAAGAAAUUAGGGUUUUGAAGAAGAUAAGAUUGACACCGAGUAGUGAUCGUUUUUGUGAAGUUAUGGAGGAAUUCAUUAAACAAAUUGAACCAACCAUCGAGAGCAUAAAAGAAUUUACGCAAGAAUUAGAAGAAAGACUAAACCAAUUACUAAAAUACUAUGGAGAGGAUCCUACCGCUACUAAACCUGAAGAAUUUUUUGGCAUGAUUGUUGAAUUCGGAAAAUCUUUGGAGAGAGUAAGACGGGAAAAUGAAGAAGAAAGGAAGAGAAUAGAAAAAGAGCAUUUAAAAGAAAUGAAUGCUCAAUCACGCUUGGCGAUAAGACGACCAUCAGAUACUUCAAGUAUAGCUUCAUUAUUAGCAGGGCAAGAUUUUGAUAAUACAAUUCGAGAAUUAAGAUCUGGAUUAAGAAAAAAUCGAGACAGACCUAUUUCAAAAGUUUUUUCUGAAUUACAAUUAGAUGUAAUUUAUUCACACAGUCGUAAUGCUAGCAGUGUAUAUCCUUCAGCAUAA